CCCAUAAUGCAUUGGUCGUCAGUUGAAUUCAUGUACAGGCUAUGGUAGAAUUGUGACAGUGGGCGACGCUGGGAUGGUUUAUCUUCUUUUUCUUUGUCGUCCUCGAGUUUUUUUCCAUCUUUUUUGCUCAGUCAUGGAGAGUGACUGCACGCAGUUACGCGUCUUUAAUGUACAUUGUUGAGCUUACAGACGACUGCUGGGCUUAGCUUUUGCUAUAUGACAGCUUAAGCAAGCUGUGUUUCGUAUGCCAUGUGUGGAAUGUCCAAGUAAGCCUUAAGGGGUGCCAUGCUUGCCACACAGAUGCCAGACUCACCACCAGAAGUUGCGGAUGUCAAACAGAUUAAGGAGAAGUUGACUCAGUCACUCAAGGCCCUUCAGAAAAAAUAUGUGACAUCAGACGGAGUGGUCACCAGCGAUGAUGGUGAUGCCAACCUCCUCUGCUGUGCCUUGGAGGCCAUCUUCAUCCAUGGGAUCAAGAGCAAGUUCAUUCGCUCCGAGGUUGGAGGCUGGAGUAGAAAGGGGGACAGAGGACCCCUCCCUCAGCCUUUUUUUUGGAACCUCCUUAAAUCAGUUACCCACAGUGAUGUGAUCACAGAGCUGGAGAAGAUCAACUUUGUGAGCACGGAUGUGGGUCGCUGUCGAGCGUGGCUGCGUCUGGCUCUAAACCACGGCCUGGUGGAGUGCUACCUCGCAUCCCUGUUUCGAGAAGACUCCAUGCUGCGGGCUUACUAUCAGCCCAGUGCCUUUCUCCUGAACUCAGAAGAACGAGAAGUCCUCCUCAGCUACCUCCAGGGUCUGGCCUCACUCACAUUCAGCCUGUCGUACAAAUCGGCUGUCCUCAAUGAGUGGACCACCACUCCUCUAGCUCUUGCUGGACUCUGCCCCAUGUCUAAGCUGGACACGUUUGGCCUGUCUCUGAACGGCGACUACCAGACCAAGACCAUGCGUAAAGAAUCUUGGGAUACAGUGUCUCAGUCUUCUGCUUCUUCAGAUUGUCCAGCACUGCCGGCAAAAGGAUCAGGCAUGUUACCAGCUGAAACCACUGCGCUUAACUCAUCAAAUUUAAGCCUCAACACCACUGGAUCCUCGCAGCUCUCCUCCAGCCUGAGCUCCGACAGCCUCCUGCAGGGACAGGUUUCCCGCAGCCUGACAGGAGAACAGUGGUCUUCAGGUGACCUGGAUCCACAUAUUCACAUCAGCACAAAGAGGUCAAGCCAAGAUUUGCUGUCUGAAAACAAAGAGAGCAGACACUGCAGUCAGGACUCCAUGGGCGAAGACUCGUUUGUCUCCAGCUCAGGAGUCGAUCCUUUCUCAGAAAAUGCCACCUUCAGCGAUAGCGAGACCCAAGGUCUUACUGAGCCAUUCCAUCAUCCUUUGGAUCAACCCCCAAGUUAUAACUUAGAGCCAGAACCAGCAUCCCUGGAUUUGCCUUCCUAUGAAGAGCAACCUGUUGAGCACCAAAUCUGCAAUGGUGCUAAUUCCGAAGCACACUUGUGCCCACUUGUGCUUUCCACACUCCAUGAGGGUGAGGUGUUUGUAGAGGAAGAGGACGUGAAAAGUGAAGGAGGGAGCAACGAGCUUGUCCAGGACACAACGCAAAGCGAUACCUUAGAGGAGUGCACCACCAAAACUCAAGAGCAUCAAAGUUCUCUGCGCUCCAGUAGCAUGGUCAGCAGGAAAUCAUCCUCAGAGUCACUCCCACCCUCGGAUUCUUGGAUUUCUGCAGAUGACAUCUUUAAGCCUCAUUUAGAGAAGAUAACGGAUGAUGACGAGGCGCCCCCUGCUGCUGAGCUCAGGUCCUCUCAGUCCCCUCCCAGUGUUGUGCAUCGGAGACAAAUAGGGCUAUCAAACCCCUUCCGCGGCUUGCUCAAACUUGGCCACCUGGAUCGAAAAGGAGCUAUGGGACUGUGGCGUGACUUCUACUGCGAGCUCUCACCCUUUGAGUUCCGUCUGUACAUCAAUGGGGAGGAGCGCAUGUGCUGUGAGAACUGCUCCCUCCUGCGGUGCGAAGAUGCUCGGAUCACCUCCCCAGAGGGCCGCUUUGAGCUAGCUUUUCCGGGGAAAAGACUUUAUCUCCGUGCUGCCAACCACGAUGAAGCGGAGGACUGGGUGGACCGGAUAGUAGAAGCUGUCAAUAAAUGUCGCCCCGCUGCACAUGUUGAUGAGCAGUGGGAGGUGCUGCAUCCCCUUAGUGAGAACGGCUUGGAUGAAUGCACCAUCUUAUCUCCAUCUUCUGCCUCCAGCAGCCCUGAGAGACUGUUGUUUCCCUUUGACAGAAACGGACUGAAGGCUGGAGUCUCUCCACAAGAAUUCAAUUGGACGCACACCCUUGAAUUGGAACUGGAUGCCCUAAAAGAAGCCAUCUUGUACUUUUCCACAGAAGCAGAGCCCCGUGUGUGGACACCCAUGGUCUUCUCCCUCUCUUUGGAGACCUUGAAAGGCUUCCGAGUGCAUGAGGGAAAGAAGUUACCCCGGCUGUCCUACCCCAUUGAAGAAAUCAGGGACGUCGUUCCUGACGUCUCUCUGGGCGGACCAGCCUUUUUCAAACUCUUAACUAUCAAGCACACAAUCAAAUUUAGGGCAGAGAACCCAGAAGAGGCUCGCACUUGGCGAGUUUUGAUCCGUGGAGCGCUGGAUGCGUACCUGGAGAGCGAGGAGGAUGGACCGUCGGUUGAUUCUGCCACACUGUGGAACUCUAGAAAUGCUGGCAACCUGCAUAGGCUGGUUCAACACCAGCUCAAAGAAGACGGCGCGUUACUGGCUCACUUGUAUACGGUUCAGUCAGAGAAGGGGCUGGACAGUCAAAACUUCAAGUGUGCAGACUGCUCUCAGCAGAUCGGACCUUCGCUGGGCAGAGGCAGACUCUGCGAGUUCUCUGGUCAGUACUACUGCGACUCCUGCCACAUUGGGGACACCAGCAUCAUACCAUCGCGUAUGCUGCACAACUGGGACCUCAUUCCACGAGAGGUGUCAAAGAGAGCCAUGCGUGUUCUGACCCACAUACAUCAUGAGCCUCUGCUGAACCUGGAGCUGCUAAACCCUGAGCUGGUGAAGCAUUCAGAGUCCAUGGCACAGGUCCACAACCUGCGCAACAGGUUGCGUCUGCUGGGUGAUUAUCUGCUCACCUGCCGCAGUGGAGCAUACAAACAUCUCCAAGACAGAACGGAGCAGCGCACAUACCUGUUCGAGUCAAGUCACCUGUACAGUAUCAUGGAUCUACGACAGAUUGCAGAAGGCUACUAUUCAAGCUUUCUGAUCAUGCUGGUGCAGCAUGCCACUAAGCAUGUGCUCAACUGUGACCUGUGCUCUCAGCGGGGCUUCAUUUGCCAGAUUUGUCACUCUGAUGAUAUCCUCUUCCCCUUCCAGUUCGAAAGCACCUUGAGGUGUAAAGAUUGUAAAGCUGUAUUCCACACCGCCUGCAAAUCUGCGGGCCGCUCCUGUCCUCGCUGUCAGCGAAUGAAGAAAUACCUGGAGAGGGAUCUGCAGGACUGAGAGCUCCAGCUCUUUAGCUGAUGUGAAAUCAGUUCCUGGCUUUAAAAAAUAAAAAUAAAAAUCCAUACACCUAUUUAACCUAAAGUGCAAUUAUUAGUCCAAUCAGCCUGCCCUGCCUGAAAAACAUCAACUACGGCUCGAAAGCCUGAGUGCCACAGUAGCUCAGACCUUUGCACUAAUUUAGAAGGAAACAUUCUGAUAUAAUGCAGCCAAAAGUUGCUAACAAGUGAUGUUAUUGCUUCAGUAACAUCUGAUUUAGCCACGGCUUCCAAACAAAGGGGGGACAAAGGCAAGCAUGAACUUAAUUUAAAACUUUUUGUACUUCAUUUGGUGUCAAACAACACUCUACAAAAGCUCUAUGAUUGAGAUUGUGCCUUUUUGAUUUUUAGCUUUACUGUAUUGUCUCAUAUGUCACAGUUGUUGGUUUAAAAUGAAAUGUAGCAUUAUUUGUUUUGUGGAAUUAUGAUUUCGUGAAUGUUUGGAAUUGGGUAUUGACACAGGAGAAUAAAUACUUUUCUCCUUGUGUCCUGCAGCAUGAUCCAUGUAAUUCUUGUGGUGCACUAACUGGGAACUUAAGUUCAGAUAAAUUAAAAACAAGAUGUCUAAAACGUAUUGGAAAUAUACAAUUGGGAGUAUUUGCAAUGUUCAGCUCAAAGGAAGUAACACAUUUUGCAUAUUUGCACUUGGUUCUGACUGUUAAAUGAAUGCUUCUGCCAGAAUACAUUUUAGCACAUGAUUCUAACUUGAAGAGAAGCUAUUUGGUUUUCUGGUGGAAGACUUUUGUGCAUCACUUUUUCCUUUAUCUUGACAAAUUUAAAAGGAAUAUAAAUAAUAUCAAUACAUUUCUGGUCAAGGUGCCAAGAAUAAAAUUCUCUACAUGUUUACUAAAAAAAAAUCCUGAACAUAUUAAAUUCAAGGGAAAAAUCCUGAAAUGCUGUUAUAUCUGGUUUGUAUUUAUUUAACUUCAUCCUAUUCAUAAACUAUUGUAAAUUAA